CACAAAACCAAACGCCAUUACGAAUCUAAAUCAUGCGUCGGUGCUUUAUCGUGCUCGUGACCGUGAUCUCCUUCCUCGCCAUCGAUACUAUCUCGGCCACCCGAUCUACUGAUGCCGCUGAACUAAAAGCGAAAGCUGCACGAGCCCUCCGAGCGGAACGAAAGCAAUCCGAAACACUCAAAUCGGGCGAAGAAGAGAGAGGCAUUGUGACGAAGUUGGCGGUUGGGUUAAAAGAGAAACAGCGUAAGAACUUUGUCGCGAAGCGCGUCAAGGAAGCACACAGCUACGUGUGCUCGGAUCUGGUCAAGGAAUUCAAAAAGUAUGAUACCAAGCCGGAUAAAUACUUUUUGAAGUACUCGGACCUGCACCCACGUACCAAGCAGCCAUGGGAGAUCGAUGUCGGAUACGAACGUUUCUUGGCUCCUGAGAUUUUCUUCAACCCAGAGAUUUUCUCCACGGAUUUUACAACGCCGCUGCCCAAUGUGGUGGAUGAAGCGAUCUUGAAGUGCCCCAUUGACACGCGACGUGGACUGUACAAGAACAUUGUGCUCUCUGGUGGUAGCACGAUGUUCAAGGACUUCGGUCGUCGUCUGCAGCGCGACAUCAAGCGUCUUGCUGACGAGCGACAGGCGGCCAAUCUCGCUUUGCACUCGAAGUACCAGCAGGCUCAUGCCGAGGCUCUCGAGGUGAAUGUGUUGUCGCACCGUAUGCAGCGGUUCGCUGUUUGGUUCGGUGGUAGUAUGGUGGCUUCCACUCCCGACUUCUACCGUGUGUGCCACACUAAGGCGCAGUACGAAGAGGAAGGCCCGCGCAUUGCACGCCACAACCCUGUCUUCAACGCUACUAUGUGA